CAUAUAUAUAGAGAGCAUUGAAGUAGCAUUGAACCACACACACUCACGUACAACUCAUAAGUAGAGAAAGAGAGAGCAAAGAAUUUAAUAAUGGAAUGGAGGAAAUAUUAUCUGGAUAUGAUGCUUGUACCAUUAGGAUAUCUGGUAACCGUUGCUUAUCAUGCUUGGUUGUGGCAUAAGACUCGCACACAGCCUUUUUCCACCACACUUGGAAUCAAUGCUCAUGCUCGACGCUUCUGGGUUCCUGCCAUGUUGAAGGACAUUGAAAAGAAGAACAUCCUAGUAGCUCAAAGUCUUCGGAAUCUGAUCAUGGGAUCAACCCUUAUGGCCACCACAGCCAUUCUCCUCUCAGCAGGCUUGGCAGCAAUCAUAAGCAGCACUUACAGUGUGAAAAAGCCUCUUGAUGAUACCAUCUAUGGUGCUCAUAGCGAAUUUAUGGUAUCACUCAAAUAUGUGACACUCCUCACCACAUUCUUGUUCUCAUUUUUCUGCCACAGUCUUUCAAUAAGGUUCCUAAACCAAUUGAGCAUCCUUAUUUGCACACCACAAGAUGCCAUGUCAUUGGUGACCCCAGAAUAUUUAACUGAGAUUUUCGAGAAAGGUACCAUUUUGAACACAGUGGGAAACAGGAUCUUCUACUCAGCACUUCCUCUUUUGCUUUGGAUCUUUGGGCCACUGCUGGUUUUCUUGUGCUCUAUUGCCAUGUUGCCGGUGUUUUACAACCUUGACUUUGUUUGUGGGAGGGUGAAAGCAAAAAUGGUGCUGAAUGAUAGAAGUGACUUUGCUUGAUGAUAUAUUAUUAUGGAUUAAUUGUAUUUUUUUUCACUCAAUUUUUAUAUUUUGGUAAAUUUUGUUAUCUAACUUUUAAAAUUAUACAUUUUGUUACAUAAUUUUUAAAAUUUUGUAUAUUUUAUCAUUCUAUUAGUUGAUUAUUUGAUGUCAUUUGUUAACUAUUGAUAUGAUAUAUUGAUUAUUGAUGUGACAUGUUAAUUGUUGACAUAUUACAUUAUGUUAUAUCAUUAUUGAUAUACAUUAAUAAUCCACAGUAGUGGUUGACAUGUCAUGCUAAUAAUUAGUAAAUUAUAUCAAUAAUUAACAUAUCUUAUCAAUAAUCAAUUAAUAAGAUGAUAAAAUGUACAUAAUAUUGAAAGUUAGCAACAAAAUAUGUAAUUUUAAAAAUUAGAUAGCAAAACAUGCAAAAAAAAUAUAUAAAAAAUAAGUGAAAAAAAAAUACAAUUAAACCUAUUAUCAUUUAGCUAGGACUAAGAACAUGGAAUGGAUAAGAUUAUUGGGUAUAUAUGUGUCAUGAUGCGUAUCUGUCGUUUAUCUUUUACAACUUUAGGUUGUAAAGGUAAAUAGUAUUUCAGUCGGACAAAGCAUAAGCUCAUGUAGAAGCGCUUAACCGAAAUAAUUCAAAUGACUUUUGAUAAAUGGCUUUGAUUAUGAUUA